AUGAGUUUCAUGAAUUAAAAUAUUAUUGAUUACAUCAACUCUUUUGGUCAAACAUUGUGUAUUCAACCAAUUAACAAUGAAAUGAUAUCGUUGAGUUAGCUCAAGGCUAAGAAUUUUUUAGUUACAACAGCUUCUAAACAUUAUAAAGUACCUGAAAUAGAAGAGCCGAAACCAAAAAAAAAAUAUUAGAAUUUAGCCAAAAUCCAAUUCAAGUUCUAAAUAGAAGAGGAAAAUUAUCACUCUGUUUUAAAAGAGAUUGUUCAAUUAUAGAAAAAUAAAUAUCCUCUUCUGCCAUUACAUUUGCAAUCUAAACCAAGUAAAAGUAUAGACUUUAAAUAAGAUCCAUCUUUGUAAGGCUUAUCGAUAGGUAGAAUCUCAAAUGAAUAGGAUAUAUAAAGACCAAUGACUUUAGAGGAAUGUAGAAAUACAAUAAAAACUUAGAAGAUGAGUAGAGAUACACAUAGAGAUACAAGCCAACCUAUUUUGGAAGAAUUCAAUAAAUAGCUUUCUUAUACAAAAAUAAAGGAGAAUUAGCCAGCAAAAGUAUUUACUGAUAGAAGUAAAUCAAGUAAGUUACAUAUGGGAUCAACUCUUUAACCUUUUUCAAAUACUACUUAAUAAUUUGAAGUUGUAUUUGAUACUAAUCAACAGAAUUCUCAAGCUAAAAAGAGAAUAACUUAGAAAUAGUUUAAUCUUUACAAAAACAGAAAAAUCGCAACUCCAAAUCUUGCUUUAUAAUUCAAAUAAAUAAAGGAAAAAGAAUAAGAGAAGGAAAAAAAGCUUCUUUAAGAUAGGAGGAAAGAGUUUGAUAGAGAAUAUUUUGAAAAAUUACCCUGA